AGUGACACGGAGAAUACAAUUUCUUCGUCUUCCUCCAAACCCUAAAGCCUCCUCCUUUGCUCCGUUGCAGAGAGAGAGAGAGAGAGAACCUCUCUGGGAAUGCACAGAGAUGUGCAGAACUGCGCUGUCUAAACUCGAGCUCGGCGUACGCGCCAAUAGGAUCAUCGGCGGCAGGAAUUGCCACCGGAAGCACGUCGAGGACGGGUAGAUAUUGGUGCUCGAAUAUUUCUAGGUGCAGAGAUUUUACGAAUUUGUAUAUCGGGUCAUUCUGCGUGUUUUUUUGUACGAUUUUAGCUUAGAAAGGACUAUUUAAUGGCGGAAAGAGGGAAGGAGAGCCACAGCAGUGUUCUACACGGGAAGUAUGAGCUCGGGCGGCUCCUCGGCCACGGGACUUUCGCGAAGGUGUACCACGCGCGGAACUUGCAGAGCGGGAAGAGCGUGGCGAUGAAGGUCGUCGGGAAGGAGAAGGUCAUCAAGGUGGGGAUGAUGGAGCAGGUGAAGCGCGAGAUUGCGGUGAUGAAGAUGGUGGAGCACCCCAACAUCGUCGAGCUUCACGAGGUCAUGGCGAGCAAGUCCAAGAUCUACUUCGCUAUGGAACUGGUUCGCGGCGGCGAGCUCUUUUCGAAGGUCGCGAAAGGGCGGUUGAGGGAGGACGUUGCCAGAAUCUACUUCCAGCAGUUGAUUUCCGCCAUUGAUUUUUGCCACAGUCGCGGGGUCUACCACCGGGAUCUGAAGCCGGAGAAUCUCCUACUCGACGAGGAUGGCAACCUUAAGGUCACAGAUUUCGGCCUGAGCGCGUUCUCCGAGCACUUGAAGCCGGAUGGACUGCUCCACACGACGUGCGGCACGCCGGCCUACGUCGCGCCGGAGGUGAUUGGAAAGAAGGGAUACGACGGCGCCAAGGCGGAUCUGUGGUCGUGCGGCGUGAUUCUGUAUGUUCUUCUUGCUGGAUUCUUACCUUUUCAGGAUGACAAUUUAGUGGCUAUGUACAGGAAGAUUUACAGGGGAGAUUUCAAGUGUCCUCCAUGGUUUUCGUCCGACUCUCGAAAACUCGUAACGAGGCUUCUCGAUCCGAACCCGAACACUCGAAUCACCAUCGCGAAGAUCACAGAAUCAUCGUGGUUCAAGAAAUCAGCGCCGAGGAGCAUAUGGACCAAGGAGGAGCAAGAGUUUGAGAACUGCAACGGCGGAGAGGGCGGGAAUGGUAACAAUGGAGCGAAAUUGAAGGAACCGGAGACGCUUAAUGCGUUCCACAUAAUUUCCCUAUCGGAAGGGUUCGACCUGUCGCCGCUGUUCGAGGAGAAGAGGAGGGAGGAGAAAGAAGAGCUGAGGUUCGCGACGACGAGGCCGGCAAGCAGCGUGAUAUCGAAGCUGGAGGAGGUGGCUAAGGCGGUGAGAUUCGACGUGAAGAAGAGCGAGUCGACGGUGAGGCUGCAGGGCCAAGAACGGGGCCGCAAGGGGAAGCUAGCAAUCGCCGCUGAGCUGUACUCGGUGGCGCCGUCGUUCCUGGUGGUGGAGGUGAAGAAACACGGCGGAGACACGCUGGAGUACAAUCAGUUCUGCAGCAAGGAGCUCCGGCCUGCGCUCAAGGACAUCGCCUGGACGCCCGCCGAGAAUUCGGCACCAGCUUGAAGAGAAAUCAAAUCGAUGAACUGACCGAGAAUUGCAGAACCCGAAGUGAAGAAGAAUCCAAAUUACGUUGAUCAAUCAUGUGUUAAUUUGUUUAGAUUGUUUAGGUUGAAUUGAAUCGAAGGAACGAACUGUUAUCAAUUAUUUGGCUAGUGUUUCUGGUUCAGUCUUGUGAUUUGAGUACGUGUUUCUGUUCAUAUAAAUAAUAAAAUAAUUUAUUAUUAAA